AUGGUGCAAACAGUGCAAAAGCGCAGGCUCAAGGCUGGAGAGUCCAGCCGUCGAAAAUGCCCCCGCAUCCAGAGUCCGCCCCCCACUGCUUCUUGCCAGCUAUCCAGAAAAAGUCCCAGCCCUGACAGUUCGCAUUUUCUGUCGUCCGCUAUGGCUCCCACAGAGUCGAAGAAGCGCUUGGCGCUCGCAAUCAUCGAUUUCCUCAACACCAGCGUGAAAGAUGGCACGCUCACUGCAGACGACGCCGAGUCCAUUGAGAUCGCUCAGUCGUGUAUCGCAGACACAUUCAAAGUCGACCCCUCCGACGAGGCCGCGAUGAAGGAAGCCCUAGGCGGACAGUCGCUCGCCAGCAUCUACAGCGUCUACGAGAAGCUCCGAAACAAGCCCUCUGCCGGUUCCUCCAGCGCCGCUCCCGCGACCGAAGAGAAGAAGCCUCAAGCUGGCACCCCCACUCCCGAGUCCGACAAGUUGAAGUCAGAGGGUAACGCUGCCAUGGCUCGCAAGGAGCACAGCAUUGCCAUCGAUCUGUACACUCAGGCUUUGGCCAUCGCCCCUGCCAACCCCAUCUAUCUCUCCAACCGUGCUGCUGCGUACUCUGCCUCUGGACAGCCUGAGAAGGCAGCGGAAGAUGCCGAGCUUGCCACGAGCGUUGACCCCAAGUACUCGAAGGCCUGGAGCCGACUGGGCCUUGCUCGUUUCGACAUGGCCGACUACCACGGAGCGAAGGAAGCUUAUGAGAAAGGUAUUGAGGCUGAAGGUAACGGUGGAAGUGAGGCGAUGAAGAGGGGUCUGGAGACUUGCAAGAAGAAGAUCGAGGAGGCUAGCCGGGGCCCUCAGCCCGCUGCAGACACUGUUGACGAUGCUCCUGGUGCGUCUCGUGGUGGUGCCGGUGGCAUGCCCGACCUUUCAUCUCUCGCUAGCAUGCUUGGUGGCGGAGGUGGCGGUGGUGGCGGUAUGCCCGAUCUCGGUUCCAUGAUGAACAACCCUAUGUUCGCCAGCAUGGCGCAAAACCUCAUGAGCAACCCCGACAUGAUCAACAAUCUGAUGAGCAAUCCCCAGCUGCGACAGAUGGCUGAGAACUUUGGCCGUGGCGGUGGUAUGCCCGACAUGUCAAGCUUGAUGAGCGACCCAAACAUCGCAGAUAUGGCCCGGAAUUUCAUGGGCGGUGGUGCAGGACGCGGCGGGCAGCAAUAG